AAGACUUUUGAUGCCCUCUCUCUCUCCAAGGGGGAAAGUUUAGAGACACAUAUUUUAAAACACAUCUAUAAAAAAAAAUUUAAAAAAGUUUUUUAUUGAAAUUUUACUUAUAGAGAAUGAAGUAUCAACUGCGCACUAUUUGACUCAUACCCACCAAAGUUCUAUAUCGUAGUCUAAGGGGGCUCUGGUUGAACGCUGUGGAAGCUUGGAGCUGGAGUCAUACAAACAUUCUACUGGUUGAGGAUAUCCUGUAAGGACUCAAGUAUCUCACUGUUUGGAGGAGGUGGAACUGGAUGGAAGUGUCCGACGUGAAACAGUGAUCAGUUGUCUUCACCCAACGUCUACUAGGAGUUCCUCACUACUGAAUUAUCUGAAGAAGAAAAACUAUUCUGGGUGAUUUUGGAACAUUGCAACUGCAAAGGCUUCACAGGACUUUAGCUUUACUCAAGUGGAUGAGGCAGUUCUACUGAUUUAGCUGUACUCAGGUGGAUGAGGCAGUUCUACUGAUUUAGCUGUACUCAAGUGGAUGAGGCAGUUCUACUGAUUUAGUUGUACUCAAGUGGAUGAGGCAGUUCUAUUGAUUUAGCUGUACUCAAGUGGAUGAGGCAGUUCUACUGAUUUAGCUGUACUCAAGUGGAUGAGGCAGUUCUACUGAUUUAGCUGUACUCAAGUGGAUGAGGCAGUUCUACUGAUUUAGCUGUACUCAAGUGGAUGAGGCAGUUCUACUGAUUUAGCUGUACUCAAGUGGAUGAGGCAGUUCUACUGAUUGCCGUAUAUCUUUUUUGGAGUAUGGUUUUGGAUCAUGCUCUUUUGGAUUUAAAUUUUUGGGGACGUGAAUAAUGUAUAAAUCAACAAUCGAAAUGCUGAAAUGUAACAGGUUUUUUUUAACACUUUGUGUGGCAUCAGGGAUUCUCUUGUGUGUAUCCGCCAUCGCCGAAGAGCAGAAAUGCAGCAUAAACGUGACCGAGGCUGACAGCGGUCUGGAAUCUAUAACGUUGAGACUGACUACGGAGGGACAGCAGUGUCACUUCACUGUGUUAUCUGUGGACAGUAGCUCUGUAGUAACACACUGUGUGGAGGAACCGAAGGAAAACGACACGUUUCAAUGCCAGGUAGUCAGUUUAGAACCCGGAACAUUGUACGCCCUGCAAAUCAUGUCCACGACAGAUGAACAACGGGCCAAUGUCACCCUGCAGACCAGUCCAUCGACAGUCAGUGGCCUACAGGUGUCUGGGACAUCAGACAGCCUGGGAGUUUCCUGGCAGCCUGGCCCAGGGAGGACUGAGCGCUUCAGGCUACUGCUCACCGACCGAGUGGGUGUGGUGAGGAACCUGACUCUGGAGAGCACCGCUAAAGACUACACUGUCACCGACCUGGUGCCAGGGCGCGUGUAUAACAUCACCAUGGUGACGGAGGCAGGGGGACGCCAGAGUACCACCUCAAGACAAAUACAGACGGUGCCCUAUGCCGUCUCCAACCUGAAGCUAGAGAACAAUAACACCCAGGACAGUUUGAGAGCAUCAUGGAGUCAACCCCAGGGUGAUGUGGACUCCAUAGUGGUGACCCUGUCCUCGUCUGGAACCACCCCUCUGGAGAAGACCCUGUCAUCUGACACCACAAAGGCCCACUUCCACCAGCUGACACCCGGACGGACCUAUCAGGUGUCUGUCGCCACCAAGAGCGGAGAGCUCUCCAACCAAUCAACUGCCUCGGCCAACACAGUCCCAGGUAAAGUGUCCCAGCUCUCUAUGGAGGCGCUGGAUGACUCCAACUCUCUGAAGGUGAUGUGGGCUCCCCCUGGUGGAGACUGGGAUAAGUACAGGGUGCUGCUGUUAAAUGGGACCCAGACUCUGGAUAACAGGACCGUGGAGAAAGGGGUGGUGGAGUACAUCUUCUCUGACCUGGGACUGGUUCCUGGGAGGACCUACAGGGCUGGGGUCAUGGUGGAAAGCACUGGGGAGCAAGGCACAGUGGAGUACUGCCACAGAGGAAUAGCUCCUAAGCCCGUCUCAGAGCUUCAUAUCCGCCAUGCUGACGAGACCUCCCUCAGCGCCCUGUGGAGUCACGCCCCCAACUCAGCCAGGGACGGCUACGCCGUAGAGCUCCGCCAUGGCAAUGCCACGGUUGCCACGAGAGACCUGACCCGUGACAUGAGGGAGUGCACCUUCAACGUGCUCAUGCCCGGACGCGUGUUCACCAUCACCGUGACAACCAAGAGCGGGGAGCUCAACAGCUCUGUGUCUGUGCUAGGGAGGACAGUACCUAUGGAGGUGAGGCGUGUCCACCUGAGCAACCAGGGCCACGUGGACAGCUUACAGGCCAGCUGGGAACUCCCCCCUGGAGAUCUGGACUUCUGCAGCCUGCAGCUCCUCCACAACAACCGGGCUGUGCAGAACCACACCGUCCCAGCCAACACCACCUCUCUGCAGCUCAGAGACCUCCGGCCGGGCGCCCCCUACAGGCUGGUGGUCAGUACUGUCAGUGGUGGGAUGGUGUCGAAGCAGGCCGUGGCUGAGGGACGCACUGUACCAGCUGCGGUCGGAGAAGUUACGGUCAGUAACAACGGUCGUCCAGACUUCCUGGGGGUGUCGUGGCAGCCAGCGGUCGGAGAUGUGGACAGUUACCUGGUCCUACUGAAGGACCGCGACAGGACCGUACACAACCUGGUGGUUUCUAAGGCAAGCCCAGAGUGUGUGUUUAACUCCCUCAAGUCAGGGAGGCUGUACACCGUCUCCAUAGCAACCCGCAGCGGCAGCUUCCAGAACAACACGGUGGUGACGGCUCGUACACAACCCUCCAGUGUCCAGAACCCCAACGCCAUCCACUCUGCCAGGGACGACUUCCUGAAAGUCUACUGGCGCCAUGCGUCCGGAGACUUGGACCGUUACGAGGUGGUCAUUAAGUACAACAACACGGUCGUCCAGAACCAGACGGUGGCGCGCUCGCAGAACGACUGCGUGUUCAGCUCCCUGGUGCCCGGGAGGCUUUAUACAGUCACUGUCAGCACCUGGAGCGGAGAGUACCAGUCCAGUGUUUCUACUGACGGCAGAACGUUCCCCUCUGCGGUGCGGAGCCUGGCCCUGGGUGACAGUGGUACAGGUGACCUGGUGGUCACAUGGUCUCCAGCGCUGGGGGACGUUGAUCACUACGAGGUCCAGAUCCUCUUCAACGACACGCGGGUUUACCCGCCCGUAACCCUGGGCAACGAGGCCCGUGACCACCGCCUGGCCUCGCUCACCCCGGGACGCCUGUACAAGAUGGUGGUGUCCACCUUCAGUGGACCCAACCAGAGACCUCAGUUCAUCGAGGGCAGGACAGUCCCCAGCCAGGUGAGGAACCUCCAUGCCCGGCCAGGGGACCAGGCUGCCAGCCUGAGGGUGUCCUGGACCCCUGGUGAUGGAGACGUGGACAUGUACACCGUGUCCCUAUCCCAGGGAGCACACCUUCUGGAGACCAGACCUGUCCCCAAACACGUCACUGAGCUGGACUUUCAGGGUCUGGUACCAGGACAGCUGUACGGGGUCGAGGUUCAGUCCCUGAGUGGAAUACUGGUCAAUAAUUCAACAACUACUGGACGAACAGUCCCCUCCACAGUGACAGCGCUCCAGGCAGACAGUGACCACACCACCCACAGUCUAACAGUGACCUGGGAGACUACAGUGGGAGUGUACGAGGGUUACAGGAUCCAGCUCCUGGAUGAUGGACGUGACAUAGUCUCUAAUAUUUCCAUGCCCCAGGGCUCCACCAGGCACCUCUUCGACCAGCUCACCCCUGGAAAGUGGUACCGAGUUCAGGUCGUAUCCGUCAGUGGAGGGAUCUACGGCAAGGAGGCCGUGGCUGAGGGACAAACACGUCCAGCUGCAGUCAACGGUCUGACGGUGAUGACUGCCAACACCAGCGGUCUGAGUUUCAUCUGGCGCCCGUCCGAGGGCUACGUGGACGGCUACGACCUGUUCCUGUAUAACGUUGACGAGACGUUGCGUGGCCGUCAGACCGUGGAGGCCGGAACCCAGACGUGCUCCUUCUCUGGUCUGGUCCCAGGGACGCUGUACAAGAUGGAGGUGGUGAGCAGGAGCAGAGGCAUGAGCAGUGACUCAUCUAUCCUGGCACGGACAGUCCCAGCCCCAGUGCGCUCUCUCCACGUCCAGGGUGGUAAGCGUACUGACCGUCUCUCCAUCAGCUGGCUGCCUGGGGCAGGGGAGUGGAGUGGGUACCAAGUGGUCCUGUACGGUGGCCUGGAGGGCUCAACCACUACCCUGGCCGCCCAGGAGCUGGGCAUGGAGCAGAGAGAACACCUGUUCCAGGGACUGGUACCUGGCCGUGUGUACCGGGCUGAGGUGGUCACACACAGUGGAGAGCUGACUAAUUCUGUGUCUGCGAAGGGAAGGACGGCCCCAGAGCCUCCCUCCAUGGUAUCCUUCAGGGACAUCAGUGGUAACAGCUCUGUAGAACUGACCUGGGAUGGUCCCGCCUCUGGUGACUACGACACCUUUGACCUCCAAUGGGCUCCCAGAGAUUCCCUGUCAAUCACAGCGCCUCAGCCAACCAGCCGCAUCCUGGAUGGGAUGUUCCCGGGACGACUGUACAACUUCACCAUCCGCACUGUCAGUGGGGGAGGAGCCAAGGGCGGGCCUAUCGCCAACAGCCAGCCAAUCCAGAGGAGCCUCAGAACAAACCCAUCCAGACUGCGGAACAUGCACUGUUUCCCCCAGAGUUCCUCAUCCAUCUCCUGUUCCUGGACCUUCCCUGACUCCCACUGGGACUCCUAUACCGUGGAGGUGCGUCAGCAGGACAGCUGGGAGCUGGUGUACGCCCUGCGUCUGGCCCGGGAUAGUACCUUACUCAGCCUGGAGAACCUACAGCCUUACAGGAGAUACAACGUGGCUGUCAGAGUGGCCUCAGCUGGACUCAGCAGCCCCGCCGUGGAGGAGAACGUGGUCACCAUGAUCGACCGCCCGCCCCCUACCACAAUACGGGUCAAUGAGAGGGCGGUACGCAUCACCCCCUCCACCAUUUUGUUCAAGUUCAACUGCAGCUGGUUCAGUGACGUCAACGGAGCCGUCAGGUUCUUCACUGUCAUCGUGGCUGAGUCCAAUGACAAUGAAGUCCUGCAGACAGAGCAGCUCCACCCUCUACCUUCCUUCCAGGACUACAGAACCAACAGUUCCGUGCGGGCCUACCAGACAGGCUACUUUCCCAGUGGCUGUGCCCAGGAACAGGGAAUGGGAGCUGGGCAUGUGUUUGAGGUCAACCUGGGGGCGGGGCUGGAUCGCCUGGGAGGGCCUUGUGAUUCAGAGGAGGAUGAUGAUAACGAUCACAGCAGUGAUCUCUACCACUUCUGUGAUGGGCCUCUCAAGCCUAAGACUGCCUACAGAAUCAGUGUCCGUGCCUUCACUCAGCUGUUUGACGAAGACCACAGAGAGUUCCCCCAACCUCUCUACAGGGACACCUUCCUGUCUCCGCCCAUCAGGACACAUGCAGAGCCCCUCAGCGGAGUCAUCGAGGGCAUCAGCGCCGGAAUGUUCCUGAUCGGAAUGUUGAUCGCCGUCAUCUCCCUCCUCGUCUACAGGCAGAGAGUCCGUAAAGUGGCAGUACAGGAGAGCCCAGUGGUACGGAUGAGCAUGUGGAAGCAGGGGCCCACAUCAGGGAUGUACGUUGGAGUCAGAAGCAACCGGCGCAUCUCAAGCCCCGUCAAAGCAGCCCAUUUUGAAUCCCACCUCACUAAGCUACAGGCAGACUCCAACUAUCUUCUGUCAGAAGAGUUUGAGGAUCUGAAGGAUGUGGGUCGUAACCAGCCUCUGGAUGCAGCCCGUCUUCCAGAGAACAGGGGCAAGAACCGUUACAACAACAUCCUGCCCUAUGAUUCCACCAGAGUGAAGCUCUCCUACCUGGAGGAUGACCCCUGUUCUGACUUCAUCAAUGCCAGUUAUAUACCAGGGAACAACUUCCGCCGCGAGUACAUCGCCACCCAAGGCCCUCUCCCCGGAACCAAGGAUGACUUCUGGAGGAUGGUGUGGGAGCACAACGUAUACAACGUCGUCAUGGUGACGCAGUGUGUCGAGAAGGGACGGGUGAAGUGUGACCACUACUGGCCGGCUGACCGGGAGCCUCUGUACUAUGGAGACCUGGUGGUUCAAAUGCUGUCUGAGUCUGUCCUGGCUGAAUGGACAAUCAGGGAGUUCAAGAUCAGCUCUGAGGGUCGUCCCAGCUUCCCUCGGGUGGUGAGACACUUCCACUACACGGUGUGGCCAGACCACGGGGUCCCCGAGACCACCCAGUCCCUCAUUGAGUUCGUACGGACCGUCAGAGACUACAUCGACAGGGCCCCCAGCACUGGAGCCACCGUUGUUCACUGCAGUGCUGGAGUGGGUCGUACAGGGACGUUCAUGGUUCUGGACCGGGUCCUUCAACAGCUGGACAGCAUAGGAACAGUGGACGUCUACGGCUGUGUGUUUGACCUCCGACUGCACCGCUCUCACAUGGUGCAAACAGAGUACCAGUACUCCUUCCUCCACCAGUGUGUUCGAGAUGUCCUGAGAGCCAGGAAGCUCCGUAGUGAGCAGGAGAACCCUCUCUACCCCAUCUAUGAGAACUUCAACCCAGACUACUACCGUGAUUUUGUGUACACGGGACGCUAACUAACGACAGUCUGGGUUCCUCUCCACACAGCUGAGUGAGAAGGAAAACCAGGGAAGAAUCUGUUCAAUACCACCAGACAGCCAUUCUGUCACAACUAAAGCACUAUAGAGUGUGGGGGGGGGGGGGGGUAUAGCUAUUUAUUUUUGAUACACUGUUGGUUCAACCUCUCAGGAUGUCUAUUUAAAAUGGAGCAGAUUGACGUCUGGAAACAUUGGCGUUUCGUCCACUAAUAGCUGAAUCUUAAUGAGAUAUGAUUAUAUUGUUUUGCACCUAAUUGUAAAGCUCUUCAAAGAAACAUUAUUCCCUAAACUCAUGUUAUUUCAAUAUUAAUAAUGUCUGAUGAAAAAGACAAAAGGAACUGAUAUAAAAUGUAGAUAUAAUGAUUCUUAUUCAACAUAACAGAAAAAAAGAUGAAUGAAAGCUAUCAGGCGAAGCAAUGAAUGGGAUUCUAUGAGGCGUAGCUUCCCUGCAUCACACAGCAUUAUUAUGACAAGGCCUGAAUGCCUGAAAACCUUCCCUGCAUCACACAGCAUUAUUAUGACAAGGCCUGAAUGCCUGAAAACCUUCCCUGCAUCACACAGCAUUAUUAUGACAAGGCCUGAAUGCCUGAAAACCUUCCCUGCAUCACACAGCAUUAUUAUGACAAGGCCUGAAUGCCUGAAAACCUUCCCUAUAUCACACAGCAUUAUUAUGACAAGGCCUGAAUGCCUAAAAACCUUCCCUGAAGAAACCUUCCCUACAUCCCAAAUGGCACCCUAUUCUCUAUGGGCCCUAAUCAAAAGUUGUGCACUAUAUAGGGAAUAGGGUGCCAUUUGGGUACAAAGACUUUUCUGUAUAAUAUGUUCUAAAUCGUAGUUGCUGGUUUGUAGUUGAAAACAAUAAUGAACCCGGAGCAGACAGACAGACAGCUAGCUGUCUUGAGAGUAGCUCAUCACAAUGCUGUCUAGAUCCUUGUAUAAAGUAGCAGACCGUCUGUACAGUUGGUUGUGUUGUGAAUAGUCCUCUUAUCUUUAAACAUGGCGUCAGUUCAUGUUGUGUGUGUGUGUGUGUGUGUGUACCAUUGAGAUUGUACAGUAGAGCCUGGAGGAGGGAACAGCAUAUAGUUUGUAUGCCAUCUCAGCUACCUAUGUUUUCUAGGGCAAAGGGAAAACUCCACUGGAAAACAAACGCCAUCUUGUUUUCGGUUGUUUCCGGAAAGAGGUGGUAACCUUUUCUCCGUGGUCUCUCGAACCAAGAUGGAGGGAGUGUUCAUGAGAGAGACUGUACGGGUUUUGUACAUUACCUUCUUCAAAACAUGAUGUUGCAUUUCUGAUCAUCCUUUUGCAUGAAACUAGGCUGAUGGAUG